AAACUCUGUUGCGAAGUCUCGAAGGUCGAAGGUGCGUAGGGGGUGCACAAAGCCUAACUUCGAAAUGAAACGGGUGGGUUCUGCGAUCUGCAAUGAUUUUUUGGUGAGAACUAGAACCUGAAUUCCUAAUUAUUUUUACUGUCCAAACGGAAAUCCCUAGAGGUGAAAUGAUUCAUCGCAGAUUCUUCUACCCUAGAAGUCUCUAUCUUCUCAGCAAAAACCCUGCAUUUCGAUUCUUUGAUUCGGGACAGAACUUUGAUUAUUGCAUAAAUGCCGGAAAUGAUAUUUCCAAAAAGUUUAAACUUUUAGGUUCUGUGGAGGGUUUCAAUUCGUUGAUUCCAAAACGCAUAAACCCAAAUGCUCUCAGGAGUUUUUGUUCUGGGAAGGACAGCGCUGGGUCAAGUGAGUGGACUGAGGAGGUCGAGUACUUAGAUGAAUCGGGCAGUUUGAUUUUCACAGGUAAGGGUAUACGGUCAGUUGAGCCGGGGAUUGAUGACCAUGUUAUGGUAGGUGGUUUGAGGAAGCCAUUUUUGAAUGCCUCAGCAGUUGCAAAGAUUGUUGAGGUUGUGAAGAGGUGGAAAUGGGGGCCUGAAUUGGAGACACGAUUGGACAACCUCCAAUUCGUGCCAAACAUGACUCAUAUAGUUCAGGCCUUGAAGGUUGUUGGUGAUAGUCAUGAAUCGUUGAGUUUGUUUCAGUGGGCCAAAAGGCAGUCUUGGUAUUUGCCAGAUGAUGACUGUUAUGGCCUAUUGCUUGAUAGGCUAAAUCAGAGCAGGAACUACAAUGGGAUUCAGUCGUUGUUCGAUGGGAUGAUUUUAGAUUUGGCUAAUAAUGGUUCUUCUUUUAGUGCGCAUAACAAAGUUAUUCAAUAUUUGACAAGAGCUGAGAAAUUGGAAGUGUCAUUUUGUUGUUUCAAGAAGAUUCAAGACUCGGGUUGUAAAAUUGACACCCAGACAUAUAACUCACUAAUAACAAUGUUUUUGAGCAAGGGUUUGCCUCAUAAGGCGUUUGAGAUAUAUGAAAGCAUGGAAGAGGCUGGCUGUUCACUGGAUGGGUCGACCUAUGAGUUGAUGAUACCAAGCUUGGCGAGGUCGGGUCGUCUUGAUGCCGCAUUCAAGCUCUUUCAAGAAAUGAAAGAAAAGAAUUUUCGGCCUAACUUUACAAUCUUUGCAUCACUUGUUGACUCAAUGGGGAAAGCUGGAAGGUUAGACACAUCAAUGAAGAUAUACAUGGAAAUGCAAAGUUUUGGGUUGAGGGCAUCAGCAACUAUGUACGUUUCCUUGAUUGAGUCAUUUGUAAAGGCUGGGAAGCUAGACACUGCUCUUAGGAUUUGGGAUGAGAUGAAGAAAGCAGGGUUUAGGCCUAACUUUGGGCUGUACACGAUGAUUGUUGAGUCCCAUGCAAAAUCAGGGAAACUUGAGAUUGCAAUGUCUGCUUUUACAGAAAUGGAGAAGGCUGGAUUUCUGCCCACUCCAUCCACCUAUUCUUGUCUCCUGGAAAUCCAUGCUGCCUCUGGACAAGUAGAUUCUGCAAUGAAGUUGUAUAACUCAAUGAACAAUGCUGGUUUGAGGCCGGGUCUAAGCACUUACACUGCGCUUUUGACACUCUUAGCAAAUAAGAAGCUUGUAGAUGUGGCAGCAAAAGUUUUAUUGGAAAUGAAAGCUGUGGGAUUUUCUGUUGACGUGACUGCCAGUGACGUUCUUAUGGUAUAUAUCAAAAACGGUUCAGUUGAGCUGGCUUUAAGGUGGUUACGUUUCAUGGGUUCGUCCGGGAUUAGGACUAAUAAUUUUAUAAUUAGACAGCUAUUUGAGUCAUCUAUGAAGAAUGGCUUGUAUGAAUCAGCCAAACCUCUUCUUGAAACUUAUGUUAAUUCUGCUGCUAAAGUUGAUCUCAUACUUUACACUUCAAUUUUAGCUCAUCUUGUUAGAUGCCAGGAGGAGCAAAAUGAGAGGCAUCUAAUGUCAAUUCUUAGUACCACAAAACAUAAGGCACAUUCUUUCGUGUGUGGACUAUUCACUGGGCCAGAACAGAGGAAACAACCAGUGUUAUCUUUUGUGAGGGAAUUUUUUCAGAGUAUUGAUUAUGAAUUGGAAGAGGGAGCUGCCAGGUACUUUGUCAAUGUUCUCCUUAACUACCUCAUUCUCAUGGGGCAGAUAAACCGUGCUCGCUGUGUGUGGAAGGUUGCUUAUGAGAAUAAGCUUUUCCCGAAGGCAAUAGUCUUUGAUCAGCAUAUUGCUUGGUCCCUUGAUGUCAGAAACUUGUCUGUGGGAGCUGCUCUUAUAGCAGUUGUGCAUACUCUCCACAGGUUUAGGAAGCGCAUGUUGUACUAUGGUGUUGUCCCAAGAAGGAUCAAAUUGGUGACUGGACCUACUCUGAAGAUUGUGGUUGCACAGAUGUUAAGUUCAGUAGAAUCACCAUUUGAGGUUAGUAAGGUUGUUCUGAGGGCUCCAGGAGACUCUGUUCUGGAGUGGUUCAAGAAACCAAUUGUUCAGCAGUUUCUUCUAAAUGAGAUUCCGUCAAGGGCUGACAUCCUCAUGCACAAAUUGAAUGUACUUUUUCCCAGUUCUGCACCGGAAAUUAGAUCUCUUUCCCCACCUAAGCCUCUUGUUGCAGGGAAGGCAAUAAAGUUCCUGAGGAGAUUGAUAGGGUUAUGGUUAGCCUAGAAGCUUAUUUAUUAUUUAAGCAUCAGAAGGCAUUCUUCAGAUGUUGGUUUCUGUGUUUUUGAGGAUGAUGAAACUGGGAAAGCUGCUGAUGGGAAGAUCGUGCUUUUGAAAAUUCAAAGAUCAGGUUUGUCGUUGCAGUUUUAAGUAAUUUCUUGAAAUGAGAUGUGGCUUCUGUCCUGCUAGCUGUUGGUUGAAUACUAUCCAACAAUGUACACAUUGAGCAAUUGUGCAGGCUAUGGAUGGGAGUCAAAGGUUUUUGUAAUGCUCUAGCUUAAGCCAACUCUAAAUGCCACUGAAAGGGUGUUUUAUGCCUUCUGCUUCUUUCAUAUUAUUCAGGAUUCCAAGGUGGAUUGCCUAAAUGGGUUACCAGGAAUUUAGAUUCUUUGCUUAAAUUUUUGAAUUAUAUUUUGCAUGUAUCCUUUUUAAUUCUGGUUUAAAGCUCAGGAUGUUAGUACUCAGUAGCAUGCUGGAGAUGCCCCUUGAGAUGCUUGUUCUGUCUGUUCUGCAGGGCAAAGAGAAUGUGGCUUCCACAUGUUUUCAACACCAUUGCAUUGAUGUGUGAUUCAUCUUUUCUGGGUUGUGAUACGUAAGUUCUGAGACCACACCUCUCAUUUGAAGCUCAGCUGGUAGCUGGAAAGUCAGAUGAUUUUGAUCCCAAUCAGUUGUCCUGAACAACCAAAUCUGCCUGCAACGCUUUCUGGAAUCACUUUCGGAGAUAAAAGCAUGAUGUAGAGUUGAAAUAUCCUCAAAAACGAUUACGAAGACUUAACAUAUUUCCUGCUAAUAAGUUUUAGGUAGUUUUGGUAGCGUAAGGAAUUAACAAUAAGCUUUUAGUGACCGUUUAAUGUUUAGCUGUUCCCUAUGGUGUUCAAGUUGUGUUUUUAAUCUCAUGCUCCUCGGGUUUGUAUUUCCUAUAGCCGUCGUCGUUUUUGACAUAGCCGUGCCCCGAUUCAAUGGAUAAACUUUAUUGAGUUGUAGACGUAGUUUUAUGAAACAGUGGCUGUCUAUGUAAAGGUAGUGUUGAGAUUAUUUGGAUGCUACAUUUAUGGAUUUGUUUAUGAGAUUACAAACUUGUUAAA